ACACACAAAAGAAGACGGGAGCGCAGGAGAAGCGCAGCAUCCAACUUCAAACACGGACAAACCUAUGCGCGGAUUUCGGCUCUUUUUGUUUUCGCCAAUGCAAAAGGAAAUAUGCAGCGAAGCUUCACCAUCCUCUACACCAGUUUACUGGGGAUGUGCUUGGGUUCGAGCUCAAGUUUUCCAAGUAACAUCAAUAUAGGAGGAUUGUUCCCAACUGAAUCGCACGAAUAUGAGGUUUUUCGGUUCGCCCUCUCGCACCACCAGGACAUCCCCAAACUGGUGCCGCAGGUGGAUAUGGUCAAGAUGGGGAGCAGCUUCUCCAUGACCUAUGCCUUUUGCUCCCAGUUCUCCAAAGGUGUGUAUGCUAUCAUCGGCCUGUAUGACAGGAAGACAGUAAACAUGCUCAUGUCUUUUUGCGGUGCACUGCACGUCUCCGGAGACCAGGGGCCUCCUGUACAAAGACUUGCAUGGAUUUCCUACUGGAACAUGGUGUAUGCUAAAACCCAGAAAGUGGCGUAA